AAUUACAGAGUAUGCCGGGGCACCCUUUAAAAUUAUGGACAGUCCCGAGGCACCCUUUAAAAUUAUGGACAGUCCCGAGGAACCCUUUAAAACUAUGGAGAGUCCCGAGGCACCCUUUAAAACUAUGGAGAGUCCUGAGGCACCCUUUAAAACUAUGGAGAGUCCCGAGGCACCCUUUAAAAUUAUGGACAGUCCCAAGGAACCCUUUAAAACUAUGGACAGUCCUGAGGCACCGUUUAAAAUUAUGGACAGUCUUGAGGCACCCCAUUCUAAAAUGGGGUGCCUCUAGACUGUCCAUAAUUUUAAAAGUG